CAGGGCGGCGCCGCGGGACUGAUCCCAGACUGGGCUACCGGCUUCCAAGAAAUGAACAUGGCAACUCGGACGGGCCAGAGGGCGCUCAUAAGGGUGGUCUCCGCAUGCCAUCCGAAGUCUGCGUCAGCGGCCGGCACCUCGGCGCUGGCGCCUGCGAGAACGGCCAGAUAUUUAGCUUCCUGUGGUAUACUGAUGAGCAGGACUCUUCCACUACAAACUUCAAUUUUGCCUAAAGAGAUAGGUGGAAGAACUUUCUUCAAAAUCACUGCACCAUUAAUAAACAAAAGAAAAGAGUAUUCAGAGAGAAGAAUUAUAGGAUAUUCGAUGCAGGAAAUGUAUGAUGUAGUGUCAGGAAUGGAGGAUUACAAGCAUUUCGUUCCUUGGUGCAAGAAAUCAGAUGUAAUAUCAAAGAGAUCUGGAUAUUGUAAAACUCGAUUAGAAAUUGGGUUUCCACCUGUGUUAGAACGAUAUACAUCAGUAGUAACCUUGGUGAAGCCGCAUUUGGUGAAGGCAUCCUGUACGGACGGGAGACUUUUCAAUCAUUUGGAGACUAUUUGGCGUUUUAGCCCAGGUCUUCCUGGCUACCCAAGAACUUGUACCUUGGAUUUUUCAAUUUCUUUUGAAUUCCGCUCACUUCUACACUCUCAACUUGCCACAUUAUUUUUUGAUGAAGUUGUAAAGCAGAUGGUAGCUGCCUUUGAAAGAAGAGCAUGUAAGCUGUAUGGUCCAGAAACCAACAUACCUCGGGAAUUAAUGCUUCAUGAAGUUCAUCAUACAUAAGGAAGAAAGAACUGAUGUCACCCACUUCUAAUUUUAGUUUGUUCGCUUUUAGGAAAUGCUUUCAUAAUUCGUUUUCAGAAGUCAGAACACAUUUUUGAUUAUAAACCUGCUCCAUUGAAAAUUUGCACAUAGAAAAAAGAAAGAAAAUUUGCACAUAGAAUACCUUCUUGUAUGUAGAAUUAUUUGUCCAAUCAAAUGUAAUUCAAACUAAUGUAUAUAUUCACAGGUUCUGCAUUUAUAAGAAGGAGAUGACAUCAUGCAGAAGAGCAGAAAUUGAACUGUAAAUUUACCUUUUAAUUAUUAUCUUACCUGAAAAGGGUUGAGAUACACAGUAUAUGUUACAGUAACUAUAUCAUGUUUAAGUUAUUAAGUUCGAGUAUUUGUAACUUAUUGUUGUAGGGCCUGCUGUAUGGCUUAGGAUGUUUGAGUAAUGAUCAUAUAUUUAAAGUUAAAACUAUGAUGUAACUGUUAAUGAAGGUUCCUUGGCACUUUUGGUAUUUUAAAUUGUUCUUAUGGGUAGUAAUAGAUAAUUCAGUGCCAUAGUGAAGUCAGUUCCUAGAUAAACAGCAAGUUUUGUUGUUGGUUUUUGUUGUUGUUUGUUUUUUGGUAAGUGGUCCAGAGCUUUAAGCCACAUUUCCAAUAGUUUACAGGAUUCUCCCAGGUACUUUGGCUGCUUUUCCCAUAAUGCUAAUCAUGUGUCAAAUUUUGCCUACCACAGUAGGCAGCAGAUGAAGAUAAAUUGGUUGAUACGUCUCCAGCAUUAUGCAUACCUAUAUUCUAUUUAUUGUGUGUACUCACUUUCAAUAAUAUAUUCCAAACUGGUAUUUUUUUAAACAAAUCAAUGCAAAGACU